CUACCAUGAAGACACACUUUGGUAUUUUUCUGUUUUUUGUAGGUUACAGUAAACCAUGCGGCUGCCGUGUCCUUCUACAAAAAGGAAAGUUGUAUCCUGUGCAGUAUUGUUUUCUUUGCUUAUAUUCACACACCAUUACCUGUUUUAUGAACCACCUGGUUACAUAUGUCCAUAUUUUAGAGGACGUCUUGGUAAUUUAAUGUUUAUAUAUGCAUCAGUUUACGGGAUUGCAAAGAGCAAGGGUAUGGUAUUGGUUGUAGACACUUCUGAUAUAAUCAACACAGUAUUUCCAAACUUAAAUGCUUUAGCUGUUGACUCAGCUUUUUACUUUUGUAACAGUACAAAGUUAGUUUAUGAAAGAAGAGCAUGCGCAUACGACAUUGAUACCACGCAGUUUAAUAAUAGGAAAAAUACAACAUUAAAAGCAUAUCUACAAUCUUGGAAGUAUUUCAAAAAUGUCGAAAAGGAAAUAAGAAGGCAAUUUGUUUUUAAACAAGAAGUGCAGGAUAAAGCUCAAGCUAUCAUCAAUAACUAUACUAGGGAAUAUAUCCAAAACAGAAAUAUAACAAAUACUUUACAAAUCAUAGGCGUACAUAUUCGCCGAGGAGAUUAUCUUAAACCUGGAAAAGUCGCAUUUGGUUAUAAAGUGGCUACUAAGUCGUAUUUGAAUAAAGCAUUUAAGUUUUUCCGUUCGAAAUUUAAAAAUUGCUUAUUUCUUAUUUUUACGGCACCGAACAGAGAAGAUUUAAAAUGGAGAAAAUACCACAUGAACGGAAGUGACGUCAUAAACGUAGAUGCCAAUGAACGUGAUGUUGACAUGUGUGCCUUGUCAAAGUGUAAUCAUACAAUAAUUACUGUUGGUUCAUUUGGAUGGUGGUCAGCAUGGUUAAAUAAAGGAAUGACUAUUUAUUUCAAUGAUGUAGUACGACCAAAUUCGUAUCUUAGCAGAGAUUUCAGUAACGAUAUGAAAGAUUACUUUCCGUCAAGUUGGAUUGGAAUGCAAUGAUUCAUCAAUACAUU